AGUGUACCCUUUGACCCAUUGCAGUGCUCGGUGGGCACAUGCAUAUGCAUGUGUGUGUAUAUCCAGAUACACCCACGCAUGCAGUCCUGCGGCAUUUGCAAAAAACCUUUGACCCUGCUCAGUGUCACGCAAGGGAAAAAUCAAUCAGCCAAUGACUGCAAAACUUUGCGAAGGCGAAGACGAGCCAACUCUGCACUUUCCCCGCCUGUGACGUCAAUGGGGCUGAUUGGCCGCUGCUGCGUCAUCUGAUCAAAUUUAACUACUAUCAUCGGGGCUUUGCCGUAACAACUUAUUUCUGCAUUCAGUUCCCGUAUCCAUUGUCCGAAACUAACCUUUCACAAGAUCUGACUUCGCAUAACCUAUCGUUACACUCAGAGAAAUGUAAAGCAUUGUUGAAUUUUCAUAAUUAUAUGACAUGAAUUGCAUGAAAGAGAGGAGAGAUAUAUUCAUAGAAAUUUAUAUAUGUAUAUGUAUAAGUCUUGUUAACAUUUUUUUGCGAAACCUAGAAACCUUUGACGAAUGUUCCUUUUCUGAGAAUUUAGAGAAUUUAUUCUCUGUGCUUAAGAGAAUAAUGACUGCGAUAGCGACAUAGACAGGAUUUUAAUUGUUGUGUAAAAACCCUUGCUUAAUAGUAUUUGUCUCACUUUACUAUUUCUGAGUAUCGAACAUUGCUCCGAUACUUUCUUUAUGCUUCGACCAGGUCACGUUUUGUAGUAUCAAACUCCGUCACAUGGGUUGAUUACGGAGUGGACGGCAGUGGAGCUAUCUGCCGUAAUUUGCCCAAUCUCAAGGGUUUCUUUGUUUACAUUUUGUAGAUAUGUAUAGCUUGAAAAAAAGAAAGCGAUUCGGCAAAUCGAAGGUUGCUUAGUUGGUUGACUCAUCCCCAGAGUGACAAUUGUUGAUAUACUGCGGAGCACUGCAGAUUAAAUUUCACACUGGUGAAUAAUUAAACUAAAGAUGGCAAGCUGCCGCAUCUAAGGUCGUUGCAAGGCCUUCAACCUGAGAUACUUAGAUACCGAAUCGGAUAUCCAACGGCAGCCAUCUGAGCAAACAGCAACCAGAUACAUAUUUCCAUGAGCGCUUAAGUUAUUUUUAAUAACUACACGUACUCGACAAAUGAUGCGAAAAUAUUUACUCUUGUGGUGCUUUACUCUUGCUUUUCGGUAAGAAAGAUAUAUUCUUCUGGAACAACAUUCUGAAGUGUGCUGCCAUAAAUCUGAGAAUUGUUAAUUCAGCUGUCAUCUAUCAGCACACAAGUUGCAAAUCAAAUCAGGCGAAGCUCUCUUAUCUCUUUACCAGCUUAUCUCGAUGAGCGAACCCACACACCUGCGAACGCACUUCAAAUACUUUUAGAUGUUGAGCUAUCUCUGAAUUCCCCCCUCGUGAUCCUUCGGAAUCUUUGCUUCGUUUGUGACGUUUCACAACUUAUUCACAUUUUUAUAAAUAUUUUUUCUGCCCACACAAAAAUCUACAUUCCUCACUUCCAAUGAAAUCCCACCCGGAGGAAGCUGUCCAACUGGUGAAGGCAUUUGCGAGAUUCGAAUGCAAUGCCCCACACAGACGACACAUUUACGGAAGGCAAUUCGAGUUGCUCUAUUGACAUUGGUUCCCCAGAUACAGUCAUCCUGCGCAGCUGUGCUCCAAAUGUGACGGAGGAAGAGCAAGAAAAGGUCCAGGAGGGGAAUGAUGAGCUAAGGGAGCUGUACAUCAAUCCAACUGCCAUCAAUUGCACAUCACCUUCUGAACUAAGCAUCCAGACUGCCGUUUUCAACACUUUAAAAGAGCGUACGCUGUUUUCAUUAGGCUACUCGACAGCCGGGCUUUUUGAGAAUCCGAAAAUCAAUAAGACUACAAAAGAGAAGAUCAGUUUGUACCAAGAGAUCGUGAGACUGGUAAAGCGACGUGCCCAGACCAAUUCCGAGGUUACCAUAGGAAAGGAAAGGCAUGCCGUCCACCUGAUGGUCUUACAGAGCUUUUCGCAAAUGUUUCGCGAUAUGGGCAAUGACUUGAGCGUGGACCUGCCUGAAGAGAUGAUUACGCCACGCUCCUUCGGCCUAAUCUACGAAUGGAUGAUCGAGGACAAGCCUAUCCUGCCGCGCCUAGGUUUACUGGAGGUCUUCCACGCUGCCAAAUUUCUGAAGAUUCCACAGUUGGUCAGUCAGUGCAAGCAUUGUCUCGAUCAUGGCUUUACUGAGGACUCCGCUGCGAUGCUGUACUUUGAGGGGCAAAUUCUGAAACUUGAGUUCAUCCAUUUGGAGUUUCUUGAACGCGUCUCAAAGUUUUUUCUCACGCUGGUGGCAUCGAAAGAAUUUUUGCGACUGCCCCUAAACUCAGUGCUCUUGCUGAUCCAAUCGGAUCUGAUAGGCGUGAAUACGGAGCUGGAGGUCUUCAUGGCAGCCGCUCGGUGGUUAAGCCACCACUGGCCUCAAAGACAGCGAUUUUUAACGGAUGUUGUAUCCAGCAUACGUUUUGGACUAAUCCCGCCGUGGUUGCUCAUCCGUUUGCAGAAACCGAAUGUCACCUCUGUGGGGGUGAGCAGAAUAGUAGCGCAGCCCAUUGUGCGCCAAGCCAUUCAUGAUGGCAUCGCAUACACGACAACGCGGCUGUUUUAUGGAACAGAUCGCGAGGCUUUUAUGCAGUAUUUGCAUAAGACUUGUGUAAAGCCACCCGUGCAACGCACCUGGAUAUAUGACCAGAAUUGUCCCUAUCACCAUCGCAUGCAAUGCAGGAACACGCUGGACUUAACCUACGAGGCGUUCCUUGAAUAUCUUAACUACCUGCAAGGCCAGCACCGGGAUUACUGGAAGUCUCUGGAAUUAGUAGAUGCCAGCAACGUGUGCUUCAGUUGCCAGGCAAAAAAGGUUGAAUUAACGAAGCCGAACAGUUGAGUUUCCACGUUGGUUGUAAAACUUGUAAAAUAUAUAUUUGUACUUAUAUAUGUAAGGCUUACUCAUUUUAGUAAAUAAAUCCGCCUAUG